AUGAGCACAGAGGCUCGAGCAGCGCUUCAUCAGGCGAAGGGAAAGCAUGUCCGCUGGGUGCGCGAGGGAGGGCGGGACGUGUCCAAUCGCAGCCAGUGGCCUGUCCCCUACGUGAACCUGGAGGUGAUGCGCCACGAGGACGUCUACCUGGCCGCCGCGUACCUCGGCACCAAGGAUUGCGAGAAGGAUGCGGCCCCGGGCGGCCGCGGCGUGUUCAUGUCCUGCCUGCCGCCCGGCGUGAGCGAGCAGGAGGUCCGCGAGGUCCUCGGCGCUUUCGGGGCCGUGGCCAGCGUCUCCGUGGCGGCCAGGCGGGCGGACGCCAGGCCGCCGGCGCAGGCCGUGGCCCUGGCCGAGUUCGAGGACGCCGAGGCGGCAGCCGGCGCGUGCGCCGCCAGCGCGUGCGGCGUGUUCCUGGACGGCCACCGCGUCCGCAUCGCGCCCCAGCGGCCGCGGAGGCAGCCCUGGGCGGCCUGGCGACACGGCUCGGCGCCGGCCUGGCGACUCCAGCGGUGCUCGGCCUGCAGCUUCGCCGUGACGGGCGUGCUGCCCCACUUCUGCUGCAGGUUCUGCGAGAAGACCCCGGGGGGGCACGGGCCGGCCUGCCGGCGCCUGCCCUGGAGGGCCUUGCACCGCCCGCGGAGCCUCUCGUGCGCGUGA